AUGUUAGCUGUUCACAUUAACUUUGAACCGCAUGCAAGAUAUCCAGUUCUGCUUGUUGGGAAGCCUUUUCCAAGAACGCCGCAUCAGGUGGAGAUAUGCCAAGGCUGCCAGGCCAAAGUGCAGGAGUACGCGCAGGGUGCAAGAGCGGAGAUCCUUUGCCGCCUUUGCCUCAGGCGUGAGGACGAGGGCCUCUUGGCUCCUGCAGAGGAGGAGCAAGUUGGCCUCGAUCGCCUCGCCACCGUGCUGGACACGGUAUCGUGGAAAUACUGGAAGCCUGGUGAGCAACCGGCGCAGAUUCUGGACUGGAUGUUCCUAGGAGACUUGAAGGAGGCAACCAAUUUCGAGCUCCUGCAGCAGCAGAACAUUCGAGCUGUCCUGAACUUGAUCAACUGGUGGGAACUGAGCUCACGGCUGCCCGAGGUGUCGGAUUUUACCUCAUUGUAUUCCUCCCAUGACGUGGAGUUCCUGGAGGUUGACUCCGAGGAUCGGCUCUUCUUCAACAUUGUUGAGAAGUGCUGGCCACCGUGCGAGGCUUUUCUCCAACGGUGCAAAGCUUAUGGCCAGCGUGUUCUUGUCAACUGCAAGGCAGGUCACAAUCGAUCCGCAUGUAUGUGCGUGUGCUGGCUUGUGGUGCACGAGGGCAUGACCCUCAUGGACGCUGUCGAAGCAAUACAGUGUCGGCGAGGGACCAUUCUUUCGAACCACGGCUUCCGCUUGCAGCUGGUGCGUCUUGCGCUUCGCUACAAGCGCCUGGGCGAUGUUGAGUUCGCCCAGAAGUGGGCUGGACACGUCGGGCGAAUGCCAAGGUCGUUGGUCAAGCCCACCAGCGGAACGCGGUUGGAUAGCAUCAUCCAUCAGAAGCGGAUGACCGUGCAAUACGACAUCAAACCCGAGGACGAGAACACAGCCAGUUCCGUCCGAACGAGCUUACAGACGAUGCGCCCGAGAAAGCUGUCCUUGAUUUCAGAGGAGGUGCACAAUGAACUCAACCAGCGAGCGUUGAAGAUGGAGCUGUUAGCUUGCCUCUACCAUCGUGGCAAAAAGUUCUUGGAGGACUACGAGUACACGUCGCAUCCGCCAACUGUCAUCGGCAGCGGCUUUAGCGGAGAUGUUCUGCUAUGCAGGAGGAGAGAACGCGCCGCCGUGCAGCAAAACAAGGAAACCUUUGAGCGCUGCGUCAAGAGCUUUGACCUCCGGCGGAUGAGCCCAGAAAAGUUGGACAAGCUGAAGAACGAGGCUGUGAUUUAUCUCUCCUUGGAACAUCCCCAUAUCGCGCGUCUUUUUGACGUCUACGAAGAUGAGGAGCAGGUCAGCCUCGUGAUGCAGUUUUGCUCUGGAGGCACUUUGGAGCAUGCGAUCCGAACUCAAGGGGCCUUCAGCGAGUCCCAGUUUCAGGAGAUUGCAGUGCCAAUGCUGCUGGCUGUAAACUACAUCCACAGGGCUGGGAUCGUGCACCGCGACAUAAAGCCACGAAACUGGGUGUACGAGGCUGACGGCGCUACCAUCAAGCUUAUUGACUUCGGCUUCAGCGUCAAGGGAUUCCUGGGAAACGAAGGCUGCUUGCAGGGCUGCAUGGGAACCCUCGGCUACCUCGCCCCAGAAGUUGUCCUUGCUGGGCUUAGCACCGACAACGCAUACACUGACAAGUGUGACAUUUGGUCUUUGGGCGUCGUGUUCCUGGAGCUUUUGACUGGCGAGCCUGCAUUCCACCGAGAUGCAGGGCAGUGCGACGGGUAUACAGAAGAAGUAGUGUUGAGAGAGAUCAAGGAGGUCACAGAGGAGACGGUGGAAAAGAUGUUGGAGCCCUUGCCGAAAGAUGCCGCCAACUUGCUGCGACGGAUGUUACACCGAGAUCCGCUGACAAGGCCUUCUGCAGCCGAGUGCCUGGAAGACCCAUACUUGGCGACUGUACGGGACAGGUUGAAAGAUCCGCCACGGGCUCUGCCUGUCCGGACAAUCCUGGACCGGUUCCGUGCACAUUCAGCAGCUUCUCGCGCUGCGCGCGCAUGGCUCCUGGCUGUGGCACGUUCGCCUACGUAUCUGCCCUGGGAGGAGUUCAUGGCCCUUCGGGACACGUUCAAGAUGUUCGACGCCCAUGGCCUCAAUGGAUCCUUGAAAUUCCAGACGUUCCUGGAAGUCAUCCAGAAGAAGUCACAGGAUUCUCCCACGCGAUCCUACUGGGCUAGCUCGUUGAAGAACGUGAGAGAGGAGGAGGAUCGGUUCAUGACAGCAGCUGCUUGCCCACACGACUCCAUCCGGAGACUUUGGCGUGCAGUGUGCGGAGAGCAGGAUUCCCUGAGCUACUGCGAGUUCCUCGCAGUGCUCCUACCUCCAAUUGAGGAUGUAUUCGAAGAUGCUACGGCGACUGAACCAGAAGAUCUUUCACCGCUGAAUCCGAAGGAGCAGUGGAACCCAUCCAAACCUAUCUCAUCGUACAUAGUGCGGCUGAAGAGGACUAGCUCCAGCUUUUGGAGCACUCAAACUUUCGAUGAGCACACCAAGGUGAGAGACGCUGUGGCAGAAAUGGCGCGCACGCACCACAGGUGGAGCUUGGUGCGAUAUGCAGAUGGCACGCACAAAUUCUUUGACUACAUCGACAUCAACCACAAGCUAUUGGAGACGGCGCGCUCAGCAGACCAGGCCGCACGCACUCUGGAGCUCCUUUGUGAGGCAAGUGUCGGAAGCUUGGCCAACUGCAGCGGCAACUGCUCUUUCGUGCCAGCGACCAUUGACACGCCAGUUCGAGAGGUUUUCAAGCUGAUGGCAGGUCGAAGGCCACGCGGCAGCUCAUCGCAGGGGACCCUGCGGCGAGUGCCGUUGGUGGAUGCAGAAGGCAAGUUGGUCGGGAUCUUCGCUGCGCCAGAUUUCCUCAAUCUGGCUUUGCGAUACACGGGGCCCACGGCUGUCUUGAAGUCACUAUCUGCAAAGGUCUUCGAUCGCAGAAGUACCAUCCUGCAGGUGUCUGUUCAGCAAGAUGAACCUUUGCUCCAUGCUUUGCAGAACAUGAAGGUGGCAGAUCUGACCAUUUGUCCAACAACCUCGCGGGAACUUUCUGGUGAUUUGGGCGGCGUCGUUGCCAGCAACGUAGUAUCUGUGGCAGACUUGAAGUGGAUCAUUUGCUCCGGCAGGUUCGAUGCCUUGGGCAUGUCCGUUUGUGACUUCCUCACGUGGCGCACAGAGGCCGAGUCACACAGUUUGGAUCAGAUCCUCCGGCUGCAGCGGCUGCGCCGCUUCAACGUGGUUUCUGUUCACGAGGGAGCAUCGCUCCACACCCUGGCCCUGCGUUUGAUUGCCUCAAAGCUUCAGCGGAUUUUCCUGGCCUCCGAUGAGAUCGCACGCAUUGUCGGCAUAGUUUCAUCAAGAGACAUCCUUCUCCAAGUACUCGAUCAAAUUGUUUGA